AUGAUGCUUAAAGCAGCAAGUGAGCCGGUUCGUGUCAAGUGGAUCCACAUCUGCCUCGCUUUUCUGACCUUGAUCACCAUCGGAUAUUUACUUCACAAACCACUUCCGGCGGGAAUCACUGUUUCCCGAUGGGAUCGAUUUGUGAUGCACAUUGUCGAGCCUGCCCUCCGCAUUGCCUACUAUUACCCGGUACGAUCAGCUUUUGCACUUUUCGUCAAUUUUAUUCAGAAUUGUCUUGCAUCUUAUUUUUCAUUUGCAACCCUCUAACUUUCAGAGUCGUUUGUUCUCAAAACCAAGCAGCAUGUUGUACUGGACUCGCGGAGUCUUCAACAUUCUGACAAAGGGAAUGGGACUCCUUGUAGACACGCAGGGACAAAUCGACAUGAAAUGGCAUAAUUGGAACGGAACUCCUGUCAAGGUAUACCGCCCCACCAACAACAAGACAUCCACGGACGGAGCCGUCAUUUUUAUCCACGGAGGAGGAUUUGCACUUGGAAAUGUCGACAUGUACGAUUCGCUGAUGAAUAGAAUGGCUUACGAGAUGAAAACAUUGUUCAUCUCGAUCGAGUAUCGUCUGUCGCCUGAAACGGUCUUCCCCGGAGGAAUUCUGGACUGUGAAGAAGCCAUUGACCACUUCCUCCGAUACGGUAAUGCUCAAUUCGGUGUGAAUACGUCAAAAGUUGUGGUGAUGGGAGAUUCUGCCGGUGGAAACUUUGCCACCGUCAUUGCCCAACGCCGUGCCGUCCGCAACACUCUGCCCAAACUGGCCGGACAAGUGCUCAUCUAUCCGCUGCUCCAGAUGGCCGAUAUGCAGACUAUCUCCUAUCGAUAUUUUCAUUCGCGUCUUACCGGAUACUCUUUCGUUGACCCGGAAUCUGUCGCCUACUACUACAUGUUCUAUGCGGGUAUCGACAUGGACGAAAAGGCAUAUCUGGUACCAAGUGUUAUUUCGAACGGACAUGUUGCUGAUCACUUGCGAGCGGAAGUCGACAAGGUAACCAAUUCAAUUUUUGUGGUCCUUGAAUACCGUUACUUCCCAGAUGCUGUCCCACAAGAACAUAAUCGAAUCCACCCGCAAAUACAAAAACGAGACGGUCGGGCGGAGAUGGCCGGUGCAGCCAAGUUCCGAGGCUCAACAACUGAUGGAACCGUUCCUCACUAAUCCGGACUUUUCUCCUCUUAUGCGGGACGAUUUGUCCAACCUGCCACCAACGAUGGUGAUCACGUGCGAAUUCGAUAUUCUCCGAGAUGAAGGACUCAUCUACGCGCACAGACUGAAGGUUACCUUCAUUUAUUUCUCCCCCUAACCUGUACGCAACUGUGCUUUUUUAGGUUGCCGGAGUGCCCACCACUUCAAUCCAUUACGAGCAUGGUUUUCAUUCGAUGCUCAACUUUCACAGUGAACUUUUCGAGGCCUCCAAGUCGGUCAACGACAUCGAGAUGUGGACCCUCGGCGUUAUCCGCGCACCGAACAACUAA